AUGCCAUUUAUGAGCACUUUCGUUGUAUUUAUCACCUGGAUGAUGGUGAUCCUUUUGCUGGCUUCGUUCUUUCUAUGGGCCAUUGGUAUGAUCUUCCGGAAAGAACAGGGCUCCUUUCUGUACUUUCCAAAUGACCCUCCGAAUAGCAGGAAUACGUGUGCCUCACCGGUUGAUGUAGGAAUUACAAAUUUUGAGUUUGUUUCAAUCUCGACAUCAGACGGACAAAUGUUAAAAGGCUACCUGAUGUGGCCACAAUCCCGAUCCCCGUCGUUUUCUUCCGGAAAUGGUAAAGUUUUCGAUGGGGAAGGGACGCCGCCCCUCGCCCACGACGUCGUGAACGCAAAGCCAUCGUUUGUUCUUCUUUAUUUUCAUGGAAACGCGGGGAAUGUGGGGCAUCGGCUUGUUGUCGCCAAAUCGUUCCUGUCCACCCUAGGGUGUGCGGUGUUGAUGAUAGAUUACAGGGGCUUUGGGUUGAGCUCUACCACCGCGAUCACGCAGAAAGGGCUUGAGAUGGACGCGCAGGCGUGUUUGGAUUUCAUCAAACACGACGAACGGCUUCCACAAGAUAAAAUUUACGUCAUGGGCACCAGCCUGGGGGCCGCGGUUGCCCUUCAUUUGGUGGUCAAACCACGCGCCGCGCGCCAUAUUUCCGGCGUCGUGAUCGAAAACACCUUCACGUCGAUUAGUGAUAUGGCCGGCAUUUUAGCCUCCUCGGUGAUUCGUCAGCUCUCCAUUCCAUUCCCCGGCUACGCGAUGCUCUUUCUGGUGUACUAUUUAUUUCCUCUCACCCUUCAUUUGAAAUGGAAAAACAUCGCCACUCUCCAGAGCAUUUCCAUCCCAAUGUUGUUUCUCUCUGGCCUUAAGGACGAGCUCGUCCCACCCGAGCAGAUGAGGCGGCUAUACCAGGCCGCAUGCGGGCGAAAUCACAAGGAUAAUCCGCUUCGACGUUUAGUCACCUUCCAGGAAGGAAGCCAUAACGACCUGUUUCUAUGCGAUGGCUAUUUUCGGACUAUUUUAGACUUUGUCAAUGAUGUAGAGAAAGGUAAAGGGGUAAAUUUUAUUUAA